AUGGCCGAGUCGUCACUCGAGCAUCUCUUCGGCGCAUGCACACUCUCUUUAUCCACACCAGAAAACGCCUAUGCGCUGCCCUCGACGCUGCCAGGCCCGAGUUCGUGGCUACAGACUACACUUGCAGAAACCGUCGAUCGUAAACUCGCCUACUUUGACGAAGUUUUGAGCGCAUUUCUCGUCUUACGUAUACCAUAUGACCCAUCGUCUACGGGAGAUGACGAUCAGGGGGAGAUUACUGCCGCAUCCACCAUCACCAACGUGAAUGAGAGCGGUCGUCCACCGACGGAUAUUCUCACUUUUUUGACGUUUCUACAAGUCGGAUUCGACGCGUCGUAUAUUGCUCCACGACAGGAAAGUCCGGUCGCAAGCCCUGGAGGCGCUAUACCAGCGACACCAGGACCUGAACAGCCCAAGACGGGGAACGCCUUUCUGGGUCCACCACCUCCUGGAAGACCGGGCGCGAAACCAAGGCCGGGGAGUAGUCCUCUGAAACCACGCCCGCCACCCCUCAUUCCGCCACAAACGCCCAAUCCUACUCCACAGAUGGAGGAUUCAGAGCGACAGUACGCAGUUGCAGAGGGAAUACAGCUCCACUCGUUUAUCUGGGGGGAUGCACCUGGCGCGGGUGCGAAAGAAACCAGAAAGGACGAGUUUUGCAUCCUAUGGGAUGAAAAGUCCAAAGAGUGGGUCGUCAUUUAUCGGAUGGAUGUCACCAUAGUGUAUCUAAAGACCCGAGUCCCUGAUCCGCUGCUGUCGCUGACGGUGUCGAUCACGUUGAGAGAGAAACCGCUCGCCAUUACACCAGCACGCAAACCAAUAUUCGACAUGCUUCAUGUCGGAGACGAUGCCACCCGAACGCCCACACAACCACACACCCAACAACCGGCCAUGCCGAGCUAUCGCGACUUGUUUGGAGACCUCGAGGAAAUCAACUUGCUUGAUGGACUCUCUACAGGCACAACAUUCCCUACAAAGGAAGAUGAAGAGCCAUUCGAGUUACCAACAACGAGAGUUGCCUCUAUCAUCCGACGACAAGCAUACUGGCUCCCUCCACUUCGCACACGACAGGUCGCACCCAUCCCGUCUCCUACAUCUGCACGCACCUCUCGACCGGUUCUCCGAAAGGCGUUUCGCAAAACACUAAGCACGUGCAAUGGAUUCAGCGUCCGCAUGAGGACAAUUUUCGUGCCAUAUGUCCUCAUACCAGGCAUUGGUGAUGACGACGAGGAGCGCCGACAGGCUGGCAGCGAAGAGCGGAGCGUCGUCCUCUGCGUAGAGAUUGAAAACACCGGCGAAUCGGCAAAGGACUUUGAAGUCGAGUCGGUCAAGGUUAAUGUUAGCGGCGAGGGCGCAUCCUCGUAUUUAAUCAGCUGGGGGGAGAGUCUGGCCAAGAUGGAGCCAGAUUCUGUCUUCCCAUUGCGCUUGAAACCGAUUGAGCAAUGCAACCUGCUCUAUUCGGUCACAUUCCUUCAUCCGACGGACGCAAAUGACCCAAUUCCUAGAGGAUCGACAGCACCACCCCCAGCUGCCGCCGGGGACUUGCAUCGUUCGGUGUCAAUUAUUAUUAGGGGACGGCCAUGCGAGCUCAUCAACGGCAAGCUAUCUUACCCGACGGACGCAUUCAAUUCAAAGUGGAAUUGCAUGCUCAACCUUGCCACGAAUCAACAAGCCGACGUCAGUGACUAUCAGCUCAACGAACCUCUUUCUCCAGGAGAUGCGCUACCGACACCCGCGACACCGUUCCCUGUCUCCAGUCCGAGAGUACAGACCGAAUUCGAACGUAACCACCCAAUAUCGUCCACCAGAUCUCCUGCUAUCGGAGGAAGUAAAAGACACACAGUUUCUGGUCUAAGUGGUCGGAGAAACACGAUCCCAUCGCCUAUCAAAGUUCGGUUUUCUCUCCCGGCUGGUAUCACGGCAACCUCGACUCCUUCUACUGCUGGCGUGCGUAUCAAUCAGUCUGGCCCACCGAGCCCUGCUGGAGGGAGCAGCGGGCUGGCGACACCGACGACAGCAUAUGUCCCACCAACACCUGCAUACCCUGCCUGGCCGACCGAUACACAAGUUGUACCUCCAACCCCGUAUCUACAAGCACCGAUGAUGGGUCAACAAGGCAGCAUGGUCGGCCAAGUCGUCGAACCGCACCGUGAGCGACGCAUGGGAGCAUCCGGAGCGUUUCUCCCUCCUACUCCCGGUCCAUCAGCUUAUGGUGCGACUGUUUCAGAGAAGCUCAUGAGCAUGGAACCCUAUUCGGAACCAGUCGUAGUCUCUGUCGCGCUCCUUAGUCCACUGCAGGCCACAAGCGAAAAGGAGCACCGGCGCGCGUUGGGUGUCAAAAAGGAUUGGAUAUAUCCACUGGAUAUAUUUGCAUUGGAGAUUUUCGUCUUCAACCAGAGCCCGGUGACCAGACGGUUUGAGGUGUCGUUCCCAGAUAAGAAGAGGUAUAGGAAGCAAUUGGCAGAAGAUAAGCGACGGAGUGCGCUACAAGAAGGCCCGUAUACAAACCAUCGCAUGGUCGGUGAUGCCCUCUCAAGGAUCGGGAGCCAAGCAGGUAUUCUACCAUUAGAAAACCGUAUUCGAAUCGGGCCCCUUCGACCCGAGACGUGUCAGUCCGUGCGCAUGCAGUUCUUGGCGCUCAGGCCGGGACUUCACUCAGUCGACACGCUUACUAUUACAGAUACCGAAGCAGAGUUUUCUUUGAACUUGCGCAAUGGUACCAUAGUUCAAAGUCCCAUCGCCGUUACUUUUGCUGCUGCAGACGAGUCUAAGAAGGAACCUAACCUUGCUCUGACACAAAAAGGACCCACUCCGGGGCGCAAGUAUUCUGCUCAAUGGGUAAAAUAUAAUUGGGAAGCUGCCGUCCACGCUGGUACCCUGUUGCCCCGCCUCGUCUAUAGCGGGGUGGUUCUUUUGCUCAUCAUUGCUUGGAUUCUUGUUACGCUUGCUUUCACCAAGUCCGAGCUCGAUUUCGAGAAACAAAAUGCUCGAGAAAUUACAGUCAAUCAUAGCAAGACGGACAUUCUGCCUGAUGGCGCGGUUGGGCUCAAGGGUCAAUUCCUCAAUUUUGACCCUGCGAAGCAUUCCUUGACUGUUUCCUGGUCGGGAAUAUAUAGAGCAGACAACGGAACAGGUUGGACGACUCUUGGUGACUACGACGACCCCAGCAGCGUCGUCUUCGACGAAGGGAUCGCUAUUUUUCGUGAUCUUUGUGCAACACAGUGGGAUUAUGUUUGGAAUAAGACAUCCCAGACGAUCCUCAGGAACGGAACCUUCCACUCCAAGCUUGAGCUCGACGAGCGCGAGAAGGCUGAUAAGAACGUCACCCUCGCAUAUAUGUAUCGCGUCCAUAACGAAUCCGCGAUCCCAGCUGGAAUUCUGGGUGUUCAUCCUUGGGAUUCCUUUGACACCGACAUCACAUUCGCGCAACUGCGAUCGCAAGAUGUUUGGGUGGCCCCAUUGAUGGGAUACCCAUUUGACCUUUGGUCAGGAUCCAUUGUGUUUGUGGCUAGUGAUCUCGCCUGGGUCCAAAAAAACCACAUCAAUGGCGGCAACGUUUUCGAAAUAGCAAAUGUUAUGAUGGCUGGCAACACAUUGAACUGGCGGUUCUCAUUCGACUUCAAUAACACGUGCAAGACGGAUCAAGUAUGGGACUACACGAACCGGACCACCUUCCAUCAUUCUUGUCAUUUGCAAGUUAACUUUGUCGGAAGACGUCCUCCUAUGGUAAUAUUUGCAGCUGUUUCAGCCGUAAUAGUGAACUGGACGUCUGCCCUUUUCAUAUUCAUCCUGACUUGCGAGGCCAUCGUCAUGAGGAGGAAGUACAUGCUGAACGGCACGGAUAUCUUGUCCGUUUGCUUCACUGCACUCUUCGCUCUGCCUACAAUCAGAUCUUUGCUGCCAGGAGCACCCGAAUACGGCAUGAUUCUCGACUUGGUCGGCGUUCUACCAUGCACAAUUCUCAUCGCACUUUGCACGGUUGCCGUCGCUGUGGCGAAACUGAACAAAAGGCGCAAAGAAGAGAACAAAGACGAAUAG